GUUUAUACCACGUAAAAGCAGCAAGGUGGUUGCAUUGCCAAGUUGAACUUCAUGGAUUUAAUUGACGUGGUGUUGGGGAUGAUAGAGACAGUUAUCUCAGUUGGUGGUGUCAUUGGUAAAGCAGUUCCAACACAUCGCCAGUGCAACAUUGAGAUUGAAAAUGACUCUCUUCACUACACUCUUAGUAACCCCAGGAUGUACAUUAAGCGUGGAUUCUGCAGGAAGCCUUUGCCUCCCACCAUCAGCCAGUCCUCACCUGGGGAGGUGGAAUUCACCAAGACUCCGAACACAGCAUGUGGAUCUGUUGGCAUCGUCACGUACGACCUCCUCAACACUUCUACAAAAGACACCACUGAGCAAAUAGCCGUCCUGUUCAAGGUGCCAUUUGAUCGCAACAUAAAGUCAAACGAGUUUGCAGUGGGAGUCUUUGACAUCAGCAGAAACUGUAAUCAUGGUCUUUUUCAGGAUAUGUCAAAGAAUAAGGGCAAAGCUUUUGUCAGAGGCAAAGCAAAGGGCGGCGCUCUCACUCAUAAAGGCCAAAAUGUCACCGUCAUGGCCACAAUGUCAGACUGCCACACACCUGUCAUUAGGGUGCAAGUGAUGGAUGUCUGAGAAACCCUUCUACAAAGUAUUAUUUCAUGACUGAAUUUGUUAUUUUUUAUAUGAUAUUCACUAUUAACCAGAGCUGAUGGAAUCUUUUGCAUAGUAAUCUGCAAAACCCAUCACCAUUUUCAAAUCAUGGAGUGAGAUAUUUGUUUUGUAUUUAUUCACUAAUUUAUGUUGUUUGUUGUGACAUAUUUUCAGGGGUAGCAGGGAAGUCUGGCAUGCUUCAUAUAUGUGGCUAUCAAUUGUGUUGUAGAAACUGAAAGUGAUAUGUUAAUGUUAAUGUCCUGCACAUUGUGUUUGUCAUUGGUAUAAUAUGCUGGUCCAUUAUGAGGUUCUGUACCUGAGGCUGAAUUCAAUAAA